UCACUUCUAAUCAUGCUCUUAGUACACUUAAAAGUGUUUGAUCCAUGUCAAUCAAAUGUUGGCCCGACUUUGAUAUUGUAGGACAAUGUCUAACACAUCUAUUGUAUUAAUAAGUAUUGGAUACAUAUCCAAUAAUUAUCAGAGUGUCCAAGCGUCAUACAUGAACAUGCUAGCCAAAGUAAAGUGUAUGUUCUUCUCAGUAAAAUGUGUUUGGCUUCAUAAUCUCUCGAGAAUUUUCUUAAAAAGCAUAUAAAUGAGGGCAAACACAUGCAAAUCUUCAAAAUAAGUAGGUUAUGUGGUUAGAAGAAUGUCAAGACUUCGAAAGUAAGCUAAUUUAGAUAUAGUCUAGUGAAUAAAAUAACAAUGUUAGAAAAACAUACUUUUAGUAUGAUAAAGCUAAUCCGAGCAUAUUUGUUUAUAAUAUAUCUUUACUUUGCUUCAUUGAUGGGAGCAAUAAUGUAAUUUAAAAUUCUGAAUGUUUGUUGAGGUUAACAAAUACUUAAAAUUCGUAUUGAAAAAAAGUGAUUUUUUUUCAAUAGGACAAUUUCAUGAAUGGAGAAUUGAGGAUUUUGCCGUUAGGGUAGAAAGUAAAACUUGUAAGUUUUUUACCUAACUGUUUUCAUGCAUCAAACCACCAAAUUAGAGAAGCCAACCAUCACCGUCCACGUCAUUGUUUAAAACCCAAAUAAACCUCAUCCGAUCCCUUUAAGUCCUAAAGGUUUGAGCCGUUUUGGGCCGUCGAUCUUCCGGCGGCAAUUCCCAAGCCUUUCUCUUCUUCGGCAUCUCCGUCUCUCUGACUCUCCCUGCAUUAAUCACCCUCUUCGUUUCCGAAAUUCCGCCAUUCCCUUUCUCCAAAUUCCCCAUUUCCUCUUACAAUGACACAGUCUCUGCAGCUUUUCACCUCCUCCACCCGCUCUCCGGGCAUUUCUCUACCCAGACGUUCCCUCUCAAAACCCUCCUCUUCCUCCGCCGCUUUCCGUUUUCCUUUCUCCUUCUCCAAAUCUUCAAUUAGAGCCUCUUCUUCUCCUGAUCUCAAUCCUCUCUCAUCUUCUUCCACUUCCCAAGUCCUGGUUUCUGAAAAUGGCUCCAGUUCCGGAACUGGGGUUGUGUCAUCUUCUGCUACGAAGGAGUUUGUGUCUCUUGCCUCUGAUUCCACCUCGAUUGACGUCGAUGCUGUCACCGAGGCUGAGUUAAAGGAGAAUGGCUUCAGGAGCACCAGGAGGACUAAGCUCGUGUGCACUAUUGGCCCUGCUAGUUGUGGAUUCGAACAGCUCGAGGCGCUUGCUGUUGGCGGUAUGAAUGUUGCGAGGAUCAAUAUGUGUCACGGGACUCGAGAAUGGCAUCGGACCGUCAUUGAAUACGUGCGGAGGCUCAAUGACGAGAAGGGUUAUGCUGUUGCUAUCAUGAUGGAUACUGAAGGGAGUGAAAUUCACAUGGGCGAUCUCGGUGGAGCUUCUUCAGCUAAAGCGGAAGAUGGUGAAAUCUGGACGUUCAGUGUCAGAGCUUUUGAUUCAACACUCCCAGAACGCACCAUUAAUGUGAACUAUGAAGGGUUUGCAGAAGAUGUGAGAGUGGGUGAUGACCUCCUUGUUGAUGGUGGAAUGGUGAGGUUUGAGGUAAUCGAAAAAAUUGGUCCUGAUGUUAAGUGCCUGUGUACUGACCCGGGACUGUUAUUGCCACGGGCUAAUUUGACUUUUUGGAGGGAUGGACAUCUAGUACGAGAACGGAAUGCCAUGCUCCCUACAAUUUCUUCUAAGGAUUGGUUGGAUAUUGAUUUUGGGAUUGCUGAAGGUGUUGAUUUUAUUGCCAUAUCAUUUGUCAAGUCUGCUGAAGUAAUCAAACAUCUCAAAAGCUAUAUCGCUGCACGUUCUCGUGGCAGUGACAUUUCCAUCAUUGCGAAAAUAGAGAGUCUGGAUUCCUUGAAGAACUUGGAAGAAAUUAUUGUAGCAUCAGAUGGAGCUAUGGUAGCUAGAGGAGAUUUAGGAGCCCAAAUACCACUGGAACAGGUGCCAUCAGUCCAGCAAAAGGUCGUCCAACUGUGCAGGCAACUAAAUAAACCAGUUAUUGUUGCUUCUCAGCUGCUUGAGUCAAUGAUUGAAUACCCUACACCCACCAGAGCUGAAGUGGCUGAUGUUUCCGAGGCGGUUAGGCAGCGAUCAGAUGCUCUAAUGCUCUCUGGUGAGUCCGCCAUGGGCCAGUACCCCGACAAGGCAUUGGCUGUUUUGAGAAGUGUCAGUCUAAGAAUUGAGAAGUGGUGGAGGGAUGAGAAACGCCAUGAACCUAUGGAACUCCCAGAAGUUGGAUCUUCAUUCUCAGAUACUAUCUUAGAAGAAAUCUGCAAUUCGGCUGCCAAAAUGGCCAAUAAUUUGGAGGUGGAUGCAAUUUUCGUCUACACAACAUCAGGCCACAUGGCAUCUCUCCUGUCCCGUUGCCGACCUGAUUGCCCAAUCUUUGCGUUUACUUCCACGACAUCUGUGAGGAGACGUCUUAACUUGCAAUGGGGAUUGAUACCCUUCCGGCUGAGCUUCUCCGACGACAUGGAAAACAACCUCAACAAAACAUUUUUGCUGCUUAAAGCCAGAAACUUGAUCAAAUCAGGUGACCUUGUAAUUGCUGUCUCAGACAUGUUGCAGUCUAUCCAAGUUAUGAAUGUUCCAUAAGGAAGAAGGGGCUCAGUAUGUUUCCUGCUGAUGUUUCAUUCCUUCAAAUUAUUAACAUAAUCGAAAUUUCUGGAUCUGUUAUUUAGUUGUUAGGAAAACCGAUCGAAACAAGCUUCAGGUUUUUCGUUUAGUUGAAUUCUGAUUUGCUUGCUUUAUUUCUUUUUAUUCUCUGUAACAUUUUAGGGACUAUCAGAUAAGUGUUCUAUGAGCAAACAUGGUCUACGAGCUAUUUGUGUAAUUUUUGUGAUAACAAUAAGUUAUAUCAUGCAUUUUGGCGUUUUAUUUUCA